AUGAGUGCAUCUUCCUGGUUCAGCUUUUGGUGGAGCAAGAAUGAUGAAAGCGAUCAAACAGAGCAAACCCCAAAUGCAGAAGAAACUGCAGGAAGAACUCUGCAGUCACGGCAAAGAAGUAGCAUGUUAUCAACUUCUAGCACAGCAGGAGGUUGGCUAAGUUGGAAAAAAGAACCUGUAAACCAAACAGCUUCAGAAGACGACCACGAGGAUGUUAAUGAAGAACAGGAUGAUGGAAAUGAUGAAGAGAUUGAGCCAAUAGACAACAACAACAGCAACAGCAAUAACAACAGCAACAGCAACAACAUCAACAACGACGAUGAUGACAUGGCCGAUGACAAUGGAGAUGAAAUAGAUGAUCAUGUGGCGGCGCCACGACGUGGUGGUCUAAACUGGUUCUGGAAUAGCACAUCAAAGAACAGUACAAAUGAAACAAAGAGAGAUGAAGUGGAGGAUGCAAAGAAAGAUGAUAAAAAAGAGGCUGAUUCGAUUGACAAAAAGGAUGAAAAGAAGGACAAGAUAAGCCAUGCCAGUUUUGAAACAAAUACGAUUUUAACCCCAUCUAUCCCCACUAAGCAAGAGCUCACUAAUGCAGCCAAAAAAGUACCCGACGAAGUACAACAAGAUGACGCUGUGUUGUACAAACCUCACGACAAAGCAGCUCAGUUUAACCAAAUCAACACUCACAAGAAUGAAAACUUGAAGGAGAAUGUCAUUGUCCCCAACUGGAAAAGAUGUCUUCCGGUUGUACAUGAAGGACACGUGUUCCAUAAUUCAUCAACCUCAAACCCUAACAACAGCAAUCAAACAAUUAGAACUGAUUUGAAAAACUGGAGACAGUUUUUGACACAGAUAUCAGCCAAGUUUGGUCUCACCACUGGUGCGGACACUGAGUUGCCACAAGAUACUAAGGCUGAGGACGAUGUGGGACUACUAUAUGAAAGGUCCUACAAACUCUAUGGCAAGUCCUUGGCAGUGUUGCCCCAGCAUAAACGUGCUUGUCUUCCAAACUACAACAAGUAUUAUCAAAACACUGACGACCCUGUUUCUCAAUAUCAAGAAGACCAAGAUGAUCCAAAUGCAAUUACCAUCUCUAAUGAUGCCAUGGGUAACCUCUUGAUCAACAACAAGGCUAGAAGAAGGGGCACAGUAAACACCGAGGUGGUCAAUCACAAAUCGGGUCCUUUGAAAAAAGUUCAAAAUAUAUUAAUUAUUGGUGUACACGGAUUCUUUCCUACUCGAAUGAUACGGCCCAUAAUCGGUGCUCCCAAGGGUACGUCUUUAAAAUUCGCCAAUGAAGCAGAAAAAGCAGUUAUACGUUACUGCGUUGACAACAAUCUCAUAGAUGACGACAAGUCUAAUGUCAGUAUUCAAAAGAUUGCCUUGGAAAAAGAAGGUAAAAUCUUUGAUCGAGUUCACUUUUUUACUGAGAUUUUACAAAAAUGGGAAAAGGAACUCAAUAAUGCCGAUUUUAUAUUCAUUGCUUCACAUUCUCAAGGAUGUGUUGUUUCGAUAAUUUUACUUGCGAGGUUGAUUCGAAUGGGCAUUUUAAAGGACCCGAUAAACAAGCGUAUUGGUUUACUAGGCAUGGCUGGUAUCAACAAUGGACCUUUUUAUGGGGCCGACAAGUCGUUUUUCAUGAAGGCUUAUUCUGCAAUUGAGCAUGAAUCGUUGAAUGAAUUGUUUGAAUUGACAAAGUUUGAUAGUUCUCAAUCUGUGGUUUACAAAGAAUCGAUACGAACAAUUAUCAAUGUCAAUGUCAAAAUCUGCUUCAUUGGAUCCAUUAAUGAUCAGCUAGUUCCCAUGUACUCGGCAUUGGCAUCGCAUGUAUUCCACCCAAACAUUUAUCGUGCUUGUUAUAUCGAUUACACAUCUUCAACACCAACAUUUAUUGAGAAGCUAGUUUCCAUUUGUUCAAAUCUUUUGAAUUUGGGAUUUUUCGACAACAAUGUCGUUAAAGAAUUGAGCACGUCCUUGGCUGGACCAUUAACAGGAGGCGGUCAUUCUAAAAUUUACAAUGAUGGUAAGGUGUACGAUUUGGGGAUUAAAUUUUUUUUGGACACUGAUGAUAUUGUUAUCCCGCAUGAUGGAAAGAUAGAUUAUGAUGAUUUCGAUAAUAGUGAAUUACCAGUGUCGAAUCAAGUUUACAUUAAAGAGUUCAAUGUUGGCAAAAUCGGCACCAAUCCAUUCAUCUUGCCUUGGUGCUUACGUGGGUUGUUGUUUAAUAUUGAAAAAAAUUGGCCCACAAGGGACUACGAGAUUGAUGGGUUGAAGGAGACGAGUUUGACCAAUGGUUUCACUGAGGUGCAUGAGUUGUAUGAUGCGUUUGAACAAUGGAGACCUACGGUGAAAAUACAGAAGGAUUUAAAGUUUAGAUUGAAUGGGUUUAGAGCUAGUAAGUUAUAA